CCCCCCGCUUUGAGGUUGUCCGAUAUGGGAUCUUUCCCUGCCCUUCCUCAGUAACAUUUAUGGCUUCACUCAUCAACCCUCCGUUUUCUCUUCAUAUAUAAAACAAAUAUUAUAUCUUUGGUUCCCUCAUCUCCUCCGAAAUGUUCAGCUCCCAUUCAAACAAUCUAUCUUUUCUGUAGCUCAUCUUUGAAGAUCAUGGGGUUGUCUUGUUAUCUUUGAAGACGGGCAAAAAAAUACAAUAUGCCAACAGUUUGGUUGUCCUUGAAGAAAUCUCUGCACUGCAAAUCAGGGCCAUCCGAAGUUCAUGACCCAAAAACCAGAAGAAAUCUAGGCGCCAUUUUGACAAGAAAAACAGGGGUAGGAAGAUCGGGUUGUUCCAGGUCCAUUGCAAAUCUCAAAGAUGUCAUCCAUGGCGGCAGCAAGAGGCAUUUGGAUAAGCCCCCAAGUUGCAGUCCAAGAUCCAUUGGCAGCAGUGAGUUUCUCAACCCAAUAACCCAUGAAGUCAUUCUCACUAACUCAAGGUGCGAGCUCAAAAUCACCGGAUUUCACGGCGCUUUCCCACCAGAUGUGCCUUCCUCCGCCGAUGAACCCCUCACAGAUCGUCCCGCCGCCUCCACUUUUGUGGGUACUCUGACACCGGGUACGCCGGGCCCCGGUGGCCACCCCACAAUGCAUUACUUCAAUCCUUCCUUUAGGUCUUCUUCCAGAAAGUUCCCUUUCAGAGAGGGAUUUGGUAGCUCCAAUAAAUCUGGCGGCGGCGGUGGAGCUCGCAGCCUCGGUGGUGGAGGUGGAGUCCAUACGAGUAACAGAAUCUCAUUGGAGACCGAGAUUGAUGGGAAUAGAUCUUCUUCUGCGGUCACUUGUCAUAAAUGUGGAGAGCAGUUCAACAAAUGGGAUGCUGCUGAAGCUCAUCAUCUUUCUAAACAUGCUGUGACUGAGCUUGUGGAAGGAGAUUCAUCAAGGAAAAUUGUGGAGAUCAUAUGCAGGACAAGCUGGUUAAAGUCUGAGAAUCAAUCUGGUAGGAUCGAAAGAGUACUCAAAGUUCACAAUAUGCAACGAACGCUAGCCCGGUUUGAGGAGCAUCGGGAGACGGUGAAGAUCAAAGCCAGCAAGCUCCCGAAGAAGCACCCUCGGUGUCUUGCUGAUGGAAACGAGCUGCUGCGAUUCUACGGCACGACAGUUGCGUGCUCCCUCGGUUUGAAUGGCUCCUCCAGCCUCUGCAUAUCGGAGAA